CUCAAUCAUUGAAGAAUACAUGUCGAAGAUUAGACUGAUUUAGUGAUUUCUAUCAUUUUAUUGCUACUGAUUACUGAAGCUACUACACUAGAUAAACAAAAUUAGGGUUUAAACUUCAAACAUACAAUGACCUCCAGCAGCUUAUUAGUCGCAGAAACCAUCUGGACAGAAAUCCAAUCGACUCGUUCAGUGACGGAUGAUCAGCUCUCGAUUUUGCAUACUUUAUUUGGUAAAAAUCUGGAAAGGGCAAGCAGGAUAGUUGAUCAACGAGGUGUCAAGAAGAUAUCCGGAGAACCCAGUGGACGCUCCAUCUUCCAGAUUACUGGAGAGUCUAAAAAGAAGGAAGAAUACCUUUGUUUCCCAGAACACUAUUGUGCUUGUUAUUCAUUUUUCUAUGACAUUGUCAACAAAAGAGAACAGCUUUGUUGCAAACAUCAAUUGGCUGCUAGACUUGCUGUGUCAUUGGGUACAUGUGUUGAUGUGAAGGUGUCUGAUGAACAGCUCGCACAUCUGCUUGCAAAACUCUAACAUGACACACCUGGAAUGGAAUGAAAUUUUUGGGUUGAUGGAAUGGAAUGACAAAGAAAUGGAAUGGAAUUGAUGAUUAUCAUUCAGUUGUCAUGUUUGGUUACUCACCUGGAAUGGAAUGUGU